ACUGGGUGGACCACUGGCUUGGGUAAUAUUCAGACUUUCCGAGACAUACGAAUUCUAUCUGAUUUCCGGAUGUAACCACUAUGGGGAGAAUACGGCUUGAAUCGGAGAGCGUAAAUUGCCCCGUUCCAGCGGCUAUAUCGUCGUACAUUCAAUCGCGUCUAUAAGUGCUUGGGCAUUAAUGUCCAUUGCGACAACCGUGUCAAUGCACGGAGAACUGGCGUAUUCUCGAAUACGUGCUGUACACCAUUAUAGACGUCAGAUGGUACCGACGAACGGAGAGUUCUCUUAUCAUCAAUAGCCACGCGAAAGUGGCAUGAUCCAGACGAAUGCACGCUUCUUCGGGGUUCCCCUUCACUAUAUCGUGACAUUGAAAGACAGAUAGAAGGAUCAUCUCCGUAUUACUAUGGAGUAUGAAACCUUCCACUAUGCACAAGAUGGAACCAUCAAUGUCUUCAAACUGGGUGCGCUCCCGACACUGGGCCAGGUUUCACUUUAGUGGGUCAGGCAUAAGAUCGCGUGGUUUCGCAUCUGUACCUACAUCGGACCAUCGGACCAUCGCUCCUUUUUCCUCGUGUAUGUGCCGAAGCUGGAAGUCACUGGUUUGUUUUGCAAUCAGAACCCCGCCACAUACCCAUACAGGCGAAAUCGUCGCCGGUUACCUCGGACUUGGUGCCUAUAAAGUCAUCUUUUCAUAG